AUGGCUUGUGACAUCUAUCACAAUUUUAGAGAGUCCGAGGAAGACAAAAGGCCUGCUGUUGAUUUCAUGGAGAUGGUCCAGGAAGACAUCACUCGGUGCAUGCGUGCAAUCCUAAUGGACUGGCUUGUUGAGGUUGCUAUUGAAUAUAAGCUCCUGCCUGAAACUUUGUUUUUAGCUGUCAACUACAUUGACCGAUACCUUUCGGUUAUUCCCAUUGACAGGGAAAGAUUGCAGUUGCUUGGUGUUACUUGUAUGAUGAUUGAUGCAAAGUAUGAGGAGAUAUCUGCACCGCAUGUGGAAGAUUUCUGCUACAUAACCGAUAACACGUACUCCCAAAAUGAGGUAUUGCAAAUGGAAUUCUCUGUUCUGCAUUAUUUGAAGUUUGAGAUGACUGCUCCUACGGUAAGAUGUUUCUUAAUGCUAUUGCUUCCUUUUGCGCAAUUGGAUAAUUUGGCCCAUCAUCAACCGAAAUUACAGUUUUUGGCAUCGUACAUAUGUGAGUUGACUCUUAUCGAGUAUAAUAUGCUACGUUAUCCUCCUUCCCUCAUUGCUUCAUCGGCUAUCUUCUUAGCAAGAUUUCUACUUACCCAAGAACCAUGGAAUUUGACGUUGAUGUAUUAUACCCGGUACCAGCCAUCCGAUUUACAAGAAUGUGUCGAGGCCCUGCGUGUUCUUGUUUUUGAAAGCUCGGCUUCUAGUUUAAAAGCAAUUAGCGAAAAGUACAGUCAAGAUAAGUACAAGUGUGUAGCAGAGAUCACCUGUCCCGCAUCGAUACCAUUGGAGAAUUUCGACAACAUUCGCAGCGGACAGAUAGAUCCCACAAGUAGCUAG